AAUAAUGUAUCUCCUAUCCAAGAUUAUGACCAAUCCUGGAUUACUGCGUGUUGCUCGAUUGAUCUCCGAUCUGCGUGCCAAUAACAAAUGACUGCAAUCCAAAUUUUUUGUGACACCGGGAUCAGUGGCGAUCUUUUCCCUCUUGACCGUUCCGUUCCUAGCACAAUGUUUGAUGUAUGCAAUACGUUUGGCUAAAUGUUUAAUAGUAACAAACUAGUCUUAAAAUAUUACAAAGAAUAUCCAAAAUACUAAAAGCAAAUAAUUUUGUGAAAGCGUGUAAAAACUUUACUAGGAAUUAUAUUUUAUCACAUAAAAUAUGAUAUCAAGUAAAAAUACUUUACCUAAAACGGAAUGUGUAUUGGUCUGUUCUGUGGCAAGUGACAACAGCUAUCAAACUGUGAACGUUUAUGCGUUUAAAUAUUGCGAACAUACAAAUAAUAAAUAAGUAAAACAAGUUAUAACAGUUAGUCAUUAAUUACCUAUUAUUCAUUAUCAAUAAUGGAUUGCGAAAUCGUAAAAGGCAAGCCUCUUACAAAAGAGGAAUCCAAGUUUUUGCUUGACUUAAUAGAAGGGAGUAAAAUCAUAACAACGAAAACAACGAACGCCACCAAUAACAAAAUAAAAAACGAGGAAUGGGUUAGAUUGACCGAGCGGUUCAAUGCCCAGGCUACGAAUUGUCCCAGGACACCUCAGCAGCUGCGUUUGAAAUGGGAAAAUUUAAAAAAGAAUUCUCGCAAACGCAGCACUAAAAUAAGGAUGAACCAAAUUAAGACUGGUGGUGGUCCUGCUGAUUAUAUACCCCCAGAUGACAUACUGGACCGAGUUUCUGGUUUACUAGGAAGUACUGCCAGUGGAUUUACUGUGCCAUUUGGGGGUGAUAAGGAAACAGUAGGUGUUGAUAUUGGUGGCAUGAGUGGAGAUGGUGGAACUAGUGGUGACGGUAUUGGUGAUGGCUUUGCUAGGGUUUCUGAUGAUAUAAGUAAGGCUGCAGAUUUGAUGCCUACAUCAAGUAACCAUGACAUUGAAAUUGUUAUAUGCAGCGGUGAGGGUGAUGGUGUCAUACAAAAUCAGGUUUCGGAGAGUGUUGACCAAAAUGUUUUAACACCAAAUAAGCCAAAGAGAUUUACUCUUAAUACACCGAGGACAGGUAACUUUUGUUUUUCAAACCCUAUUCUUAAUGCAUUCAUUAUAGAGCUCAAGGAAUAUCCUCCAAAUAAAUCUUGAAUCCUCAUGUGUCCUAGGUCCAUCAUUAUAGUCAGUGUGUUGUCUAUCAAUCAGUCACACCAGACAAAACCUAUUACAUAUUUUGUAAAAACAUUUCUAAAAUAGUUUUAUACAAUAAUACAAUUUCAAUAGAAUAUCAAUCUAGUAAAUUUAUCAGUAUUUUUAUAUUUAAUUUAUUAAUAAUUUUGUUGAGAGAUGUGUUGGGU